UCAUGCACGCAGUGAUGUGUGACUCACUUGAAAGCAAAUCUAGUUAUAAUUGCUUUAACGAAACAUGGUUUGUGGUCGCAUAUGUUUAUAAUCUCGCAUUGUUCGUUAUAAGUCGCGAGAUGUGCCAAAGUUGAAGUCAGUUUAUCAGUGUAGGAUAAAUACCUCCCUAGUUGUUUUUUUCUAAAAUAUAAAACCUUCAUCCGAGGGAUAAAACCGAGGCUGUUUGUCUCUUUAUCCUGAUAAAGAAGCUUUUAAAUAUCAUAAAAAAACGGAAGACAAGUGUUUUACAAUAUUUAUGUGCCUAAAAAAAUACCCGAAACAACGUUUAUCAACAACUUGUGUUUCGAAAACUCCCCAUAAACAUUAAGAGACGCACGUUAAAAUAUCCCUUGCUGGCAUACUUGUACUUACAAAAAGAGAUUCUUAAAAACACUGGUUUAUCAGGGCAUCUGCAUCCCAUUGGUUCACUCAUUGAAAUAUACAAAAUACAUGUGUUUAUCAUAAUAAUACCUACAUGUAAUAUGUAGUAAAAUAGACUUCUGAUGAGUGCACAUUCAAGACUGAGGAACAUAUGUGUGUUUGCCUGCGUGCGUGCUUGUGUGCCUGCGUGUGUGCGUGCGUGAGCGGGUGAGACAUGAUCCCAUGACUUCAUUUUAUGCUCCUUGGGCUCUCUACCCUACUGUUUCCAUGUUCCAAAUUACGGUCAGGAGAUUAGCUUCAAAACUAUGAGUCUGAAUAUUUUUUUAAAGAAAAAACGCCUUGCAACAAUGAAUUUAAAUUUUUGUGGCAGACAAUUCCCUUUUUCGCUACUGUUCGAAGCAUAAUUAUUUGUUCAAGAACUUUCCGGGACAAUAUAUUAUUUUCGAUAAAGUCCCAAACAACAUUUUGCCCUCGGGGAAUAAGAGACGUUGAGUUAUAUCCAAAUCUUCACAACGUAUGUCACAUAAAUUCAACGGUAACAGUGCUUUAUCAGAUUAUCUUUACGUCGCAAAACAAAUAAAAAACAUAUAAAAUCUUCACCGCCCGAAGAAGUAAACUGAGACGAGUAUUAAAAUAAAAUAACCUUACCUAUUCCUCAUACAGCAUAUUGACGUCCGCGGCAGUUGUCUGCUGCAGUGGUUGUCGUCUGCUGCGACGGUUGUCGUCUGCUUUUGUUGUCGUCUGCUGCUCUUGAAGCUGCAUUCUGUGCCUUCAUCUCAUGAUGUAUGUCAGUUUUUCCCUUUUCCUGACGUUGUCGGCGAUGUUGUUUCUGAGUGGAGUCACAGGCGCUAUACUCGGAUCUACGCGGUACUGUUUGUCUGGGAGAAGAGACAAAGCAGACGACACGAACUGUCAUUACUACUGGGACUGCUUCAACGACGUGGCCUACAAGAAGGCGUGUCCACCCUACCUUUGUUUCAACGACGUUACGGGUACCUGUGAUGACGCUGCCAAAGUCACCUGCAACUGCGUGUGUCCAUUUCAGACAUCGGACAACCCUCCAGAUGUUCCCGAGUUCGCCACGGCAGCCAUCGAACAACUAUGUUCAGGUGACGCCAGGACCAUUCCACAUCCGAGUGAGUGCCACAAGUACUACGACUGCGCACUAGCCUCUGUGACCCCUGACGUUUACUUCGCCAAAUACGAAGCCGAGUGUCCCUACCCUCAACUCUUCUCCAGUAUUAACUUCCGCUGCCAGAACUUCAAGACAGUAGACUGUGGGCAGAGAGCUGUCAAGUUCGACUACUGUGACUACUCCAGGAACAAGUGCACCGGCCCCAACUGCAUCCCGUGCUCUGUUUCCUACCCCAGCUGCCAGGGGUUGGAGGACGGGCAAAACCUCCACCAGGGGAGGGAGGGCACGGCGUUCUACGUCACGUGCGACAAGGGGAGGACAAUCGGAUUCCAUUCUUGCCCUGAUAUAGAUGGCAUCAGACAAGUCUUCCACCCGGACACCCGCUCAUGUAGACCUUAUGCAGAGGUGAUCAGCUACGUAUGCGCUAUGGGUGCUGCGAAGGUAGAGCACCCGACCAUGUGUAACCGCUACUACGACUGCUCAGCCUACAUCGGCGGCGACAGCUACGCCUUCCCGGACUACCUGAAGGAGUGCAGCUACCCAGACCUCUAUUCCACCGUCAACAUGCGGUGCCAGCCCCACACCACCGUAUCAUGUGCGGCACGGACGGAGACAAAGCGGCCAUGUGACUACCAGUUUUCGUGCUCCGAGCCCCCUUGCGCAACCUGCCAAGACAACAACUUCGCCAGCUGUGUCGGUCUCCCCGACGGCAAUAAUGUCUUCAAGACCAGAGAGGGGUCACCCCAUUACGUCAUUUGUCAAGGGGAGAGAACUCUUGCGCUGCAGAUCUGUGGUACGCAGGGGCUGUUUUAUACGGAGUUCUCGCCCACGACGAGACAGUGUGAAAGCCGGGCACCCUUUAAUCCUGGGAAAUGAGACCUGUCCAUCAUUGUGAUGUGUCAGCAAAUACACUUUCACGUCCUUUUUGGAGUUUCGUUAAUAGUAAAUAAAUCGUACGAAAA